AAAUCCACUCCAGUGCUUCAGGGCAGCCAUCAAAGUGUUCACUAUUGUGUACGGCUGAGGAAGGAAGAAAAAAAAGAGGGAGCUGAGGGGGGGAAAGAAAACCUGUAUCUUUGUGUGAGAAGGACUCAGCAGGAAAGUGUUUUUGUGAAUUAAUUUUUUUCUCUUUUCAGAGGUUGUUACCACAGAGGGGCUCUUCUCCCCGAGCUACAGCAAGAUUUUAUCCGCUUUUAUACUUACCAUAGCUGCCUUACAUUCGACUGACACACAAGUGUGCUCCUCCAGCCGGCAAAACAGCGACACCCGGGCUUCUCCUGAUGAUGAGAGCCAACGUCAGACUGGUUUCCAUGAAUAUUGAUGUGGAGCAUAGACUGUUUCAUAGAACAGAAGGAGGCAAGAUGGCUGCCCUUUAGGAUUUGUUAAAGAGGCGAUCCAGACAAUUUGCUGGAAUUUCUACAAAGUGGAGGGACAUAAACAGAAGGUGGGACAAAGGGCAGCCUGAUGUAUGGGCUCUGAGCAGGACAGAUGGAAACAGAAGAGGCCAAACAUGAGGCGGAAGAAAGUUUAAUGUUGGGACAGUUCGGAACAUCUCACCAUCAUUCUCACAAAUUCCAGAAUGGAGCUCGGUGUUCACAGGAGGAUACUGUGCAGAUCAGUGACAGUGAAAGCUGGAUUACUGGUGCGGUACAUUAUGAACCCAGCAAAGCUGCUGGCUCCAUGAAGAGAUACAGAGAGAACUGCAACAUUCCUGCUUCCGAACAAGCAUUGUUCCAAUCGGGAUUCUUCAAGAUGAACGGAGACUUAAUGAAUGGAGAGUUGAAGCAUGGAUUCGCAGAGCAGUCCUUAGCGGUCCACCAAACUAAGAAAAUAAAAGUAGAUGGUGACAUGAAAGAAAACGGUGACUCAAGCCGUAAUUUUGUGAAAAACUUCUCUGAGUUGACAAAGAAAACUGAAAUGGAACAGACUUCUGCUCAGACUGAUAUUAAUUUUGAUAUAAGAAACUGUCACAUACCUAACAGGGAUAUUUUCAGCCGAAAUAAGUCUGUUCCAAAUGGUGCUGUAUCAUCUUCCUCAACCAUAGAAAGUACUCCCGGUGAUCUGUUGGAAAAAACCUUGUCUCAGUAUUAUCCUGAGCAAGUUUCUAUUGCAACACAAGCAUCUGGAUCACAGCUGGAUACUGUCAAUGACUCACUCGCCACACGCUCGGUUGGUGAAGGUGCUCAACCUCCUGCUGUAACCUCAGGGCUGUCAGAGUCGCAGCAGCAGCCACCUGCAACAUCCGCAGAAGGUGUUAACAGCUACAACUCUGGCAACUAUUUAGUAAAUGGAUAUUCUAGUAACUUUGGAGUAAAUCAACAGCAACAGCUUUCAUCUUGCUCUGGUCAAGAGAUAGUUCUGGGGGCACAACAGCAUCCCAGUGGGGCACAAUGUUUUCCAGAUAACACAAACCCUCAAGGUAAAUAUACAAAAACCCAGCAGGAAUACAACCCAAGGUCAUUUCUGAACCACAAUAACCCCUCGCAGGCUGCAGAGGCAGGUGGAUAUGGAUCUCUUCUUAUUUCUGGUGCAAAUGAGAACAGCCAAAAUGACAAUGGAGCUGGUCUGUAUCAUGACACCAGCAUGGGACUCCAGUAUGGGACUCAAGGUCAGAAUUUUCAGGAUAACUCUGGGCGACAGCAUCAACCUGAUGGUCAAAUGGGAAACAGCCUCCAGCAGAGCAGUAACUCUGUGUCAGUAAACGGUGUGGAGGAUACACAUCAACAAAGAGUCAACAUUUCAUGUUCCACUCCCAGCCAAACUAAUUGGAUAGAAAGGAAUCUUUCACAUUCCCAGCAGCAGCCAACGCAGUGCACAGCAUCCCAGGCAAAAGAGCAAGAGCUGUGGAGAGCUAAGCCUCAGUCAGAACAGCAGACCACCAGCCCCCCAGUUCAAAACCAGAUACUGGAGCCAAACCAAGCGCAAAGGUACAGCGAAACGCAGACACAAGGGCUUUUUACAGACACCAGCCGAGGGUCUAACAGCUCGCUUCAAAAACAGCCAGACUGCCUACCUGCUCACAUGCAAUGUGCUUCAGUUCAGCACAACACUGCCCCUGAGUGGCAGCAGUCCAACUCUAAAGCACCUCAGAUGCAGCAACAUUUACUCCAGAAAAUGCCUGAGACAAAAAACUUCCCUCAGAAUCAGCAAUCUAACUGCUACCUCUCCCCAAUGGAAUCAGAGCACUUUCACGAGGACAAAGACUUGCAGGAGAUAUUGUCAGUAGAGUUUUUAACAACACAACAGCAGCACUGUCAUCUUCAACGCCCGCUGUCCCACCCACCACAGUUUGAAGCCCAGCAGCUCAAAUCUCCUACCUACCGACCUCGCAGCCAGCCUCCACCAGGCCAACACCAGCUUCAACCAGAUCAGCCUUUCAGUAACGACCAUCAACAUACUGACCAAUCAGCAUUCGCCUACAAUAACACAGAGAUGCAACAACCACAACAUCAAAGACAGUGUCUUGAAAACUCAGGCAGCCAAAACCUCAAACAGUUUCAACCACAGCAGCCUAACAACCACUGCCAUGAGCCCAACCAGGUGGACUUAGCCCAGACUUCUUCACAGUCACAACCUCACCUACCACAGGGUCUGUUCAGCCAACAGUCAGGAACACGGAUGUAUCCCAAAGCUGAGGAGCAGACGAGGGCUUCUUGCACUCAGUUCCAAACUGGACCUCGACUACCUCUGGGACCAGCAGGUCCCCAUGUUGACUUUCAGAGGCAUGCGGCUCUUCGCAUGCGUCUAUUACAAAGGCAGGAACGCCAUGGCCCUUCUCAACUCCCUCGAAGCCCAGUUGACUCCAAACAAAACCUUGGAGCUGUAAAACUGGAAAACAGCCCCAGAUUCGAGCUGCCCACCUCACGGCAGCAGGAACAGCCGUUUAUGGCCCGUGAUUCAGGGAUGGGUGGGGUCAAGAUCAAGACUGAAAGUCAACAAUCACUAUGUGUUCAAGACAAGAAACCAGGGAACAUUCUUGCCUCUAUGGAACAAAGCUUGAGGCAGUACAAGCUCUCAAAUCUAUUCGAGAAGAAACCUCUUGUUGUUAAUUCAUCAAAUAAAGUCAAAGUGGAAUCCUCAGGGGCUGUCACCAUACUAUCAACAAACAUGGAUAUGAGUGGGACAGACUCAACGGCCACAACAGCUUCUGUUCUGAAAAAUACCCUGUUCUCCACUCCCAAGAAGGAACAACUCCUUAAAAAUUUCAUAGAUUCCCCCAUGAAGUUGUUAGAUACCCCCGUAAAGAAUCUUCUGGAUACCCCCAUGAAAACUCAAUAUGAGAUCGCAUCAUGCCACUGUGUUGAUCAAAUCAUUGAGAAGGAUGAAGGUCCAUAUUACACUCAUUUGGGCUCAGCACCUACUGUUGCUGGCAUUCGAGAGCUGAUGGAGAAAAGGUCUGGCAUCACUGGACGAGCCAUCAGGAUUGAGAAAGUAAUUUACACCGGCAAGGAGGGGAAAAGUACACAAGGAUGCCCCAUAGCCAAAUGGGUGAUUCGGCGAGCAAGUGUAGAGGAAAAGCUACUGGUUUUGGUGCGUGAGCGUACUGGUCACAGAUGUGACACUGCCUGCAUCAUAAUUGUAAUUCUGGUCUGGGAAGGCAUCCAGCCCAGCUUGGCUGACCGCCUCUACCUCGAGCUGAGUGAAACUCUAACAAAACAUGGAGCUCAUACGCAGAGACGCUGUGCUUUCAAUGAGGAGAGGACCUGUGCAUGCCAGGGCUUUAAUCCUGAAGCCAGCGGUGCGUCUUUCUCUUUUGGCUGCUCUUGGAGCAUGUACUAUAAUGGCUGCAAGUUUGCCCGAAGCAAAAUCCCAAGGAAGUUUAAGCUACUAGGAGAUGAUGUCAGAGAGGAAGAGAAUAUUGAGAAAAGUUUUCAGAAUUUGGCAACAUUACUGGCUCCUUUGUAUAAAAUUAUGGCCCCUGAAGCCUAUGGAAACCAGGUAGAACAUGAACACAGGGCCCCAGAUUGUCGCUUGGGGAUCAAGGAGGGACGACCUUUCUCCGGAGUGACUGCAUGUUUGGAUUUUUGUGCCCAUGCUCAUAGAGACCUCCACAACAUGCAGGGAGGAAGCACUGUGGUGUGCACAUUAACGAGGGAGGAUAAUCGAGAAAUCGGAAAGAUACCAGAAGAUGAGCAGCUCCACGUCUUACCUCUUUACAAAGCUUCUAGCACUGACGAGUUUGGCAGUGAGGAGGGCCAGCAGGAAAAAAUAAAAUCAGGGGCCAUUCAAGUCCUCAGUGCCUUCCGUCGUCAGGUGCGCAUGCUUGCAGAGCCUGCCAAAUCUUGCCGGCAGAAGAAACUGGAUGCGAGAAAAGCGUCUGCCAACAAGAAUGCCAUGCUGGAAAGCUCAAAUGAUAAGGCAGAAAAGGCCCUUUUGGCCAAGUCAAAGGCUGGCACUUAUGAGAACACUGUCCAGAGCACUCCAUUUACAGGUGCUGUGGGAGCCCCCCUUCAGUCAGGUCACCCAUCAUAUCCCCUCGGGGUCAUGCCGCAGCAAAUUCAGCAGCCACAGGCCAUGUGCCCCCCUUACCCUUCCUCACCAAACACUGCUCUCCCAAGGUUCUCUAACAGUCCUGGCUCUUUUCCAGGCUCUCCAAAGCCAGGAAGCAUGUACCUCGCUCAGCCAUCAACACCUGCCAGCCAUUUCCUCUCUUCACUUCCAAACUCAUACAUGAAUGGGCCAAAUCGUCCACAACCAGGUCACCAAUGUAACGGAGGAAUGCCUGUUGAAAGUUACCAUCAGUUCUAUGCACCAAACCAAAAUCAGCUGGACGCUUAUCGCCAACAGCGGCCAGCGUUUUUCCCUGAGCAGCAGUAUGGUGUCCAACAACGCUUUGAGCUCAAUUAUCCAUCUAGGUACAGUCAACCAGGCUUCCAAGUCAAUGGUUACAGUGCCAUGCGUCCACCUCAGCCCAUGAGACACUAUGGUCCUUUUGGCAACAACAGAACCUCAGAUGCCCGGUUCAUUGACACCCUAACAGGAGCACCCUCUGUUCAUGGUGGCAUGGAUUAUACACUUACUGUAAGUAAAGGCAAUCAGUUUGGAGAAUACCCAAGUUCAUACUUGCCUCAGAGUCCACACAUCCCAGGCCGUGAUUCCUUCCCUAUGCAACUUAAUACAGACAUGGCCAUUCCUAAUCCACAGAUGCUCCCAGCUCAAAUCAGCAGUGGCUGUUUAAACCCUGAAACACAGUCACGGUUGGGUCUUCUCAAUGGUGGACAUAUAGCCUCCAAUAUUAAGUCGGAGCCUGGAACGCCUCAGACACCCACAAUCCCCCAAAAACCAGAAAUGUGGUCAGACAACGAGCACAACUUCUUGGAUCCUGAGAUUGGUGGUGUGGCUGUAGCUCCAAGUCAUGGCUCUGUACUCAUUGAGUGUGCAAAACGAGAGCUACAUGCCACAACACCCCUCAAAAACCCAGACCGCAACCACCCAACACGCAUUUCCCUUGUCUUCUACCAGCACAAGAAUCUGAAUGAGGCAAAGCAUGGGCUGGCCAUGUGGGAAGCUAAGAUGGCAGAAAAGGCUCGCGAGAAGGAGGAAGAUGCAGAGAGGAAUGGCGGGGAAGGGACUCCGAGCAAGAGCAGCAAGAAAGGGGGUAAGCGGGAGCAUUCAGAGUCUUCAGAGACUACAGGAGAACCUCCAUACAAGCGUUUCAUAAAGGCACUAAUGGAAGGAUCAUCAUCAUCAUUCACAACUAAUACUCAUGUCAUCACAACUCCAUAUGCAUUCACCAAGGUCACAGGGCCUUACAGUCAGUUUGUGUAGAAAACAACCUCUAAGGAACUUGAAGGUGCUGCAACCCAAACCACAUGCAUCAAAUCCUACUAUCGGCAACCAUGUGAUGGAAAAACAAAUGGGCUACGUUUCUCAACUCUCACACAACCGAGCUUUACUAGUUGAUCCUACUGAGGUAACUAUUGCAAUACCAGAAAAACAGUGGUGCUUUCAGUCUAACACACAAGGAACUUUUUCAGCUGGAAACAAAGUUUCUCUUAAUGGUGGCUUUAUUUUUCUUACAAAAUUUCUAAUAUUUGCAUAAAACACUGACUUUCAAAAGUCUAAGACUCACGGUGCUGAAAAGUAUGCUUAUCACCACUUUCAAAUGCCUUCACACUAAAACCAGAAUACACUCUACAAGAGACUCACAGUUCAUCUACCGGUAACUGUCUAAAAUCACCCGACAUCAUCCAUCAUUUUUAAGAAGUCAGUGUUUCUAAGAGCACUUUUUAAAAAAUUUUUGAGUUUAAUGUUUCAGACAUUAAAUUAAAAAUUACAAUCUGAUCAUGCUGUAUAGCAAAUAUAUACAGGUGCAUCUCAGUAAAUUAGAAUACCUUCAAAGAUGUAAUUUAUUUUAGCAAUUCAGAGCAAAGCAGUUACACCCAUUUAAUAGGUCCAUUACAGAGUGGUGUAUCUGAAGUGUUUAUUUCUGUUGCUUUCAGUGAUUAUGGCUUACUGCAAAUGAAAACUAAUUUAUUAGCUUCUUAGCUUUUCUUCAUAAAAACAAUCAAAAAGUUUUUUCAUAUUGAAAUGUGGGUCUAUGUUAAAGUAUGUCUUUGUUGAGGCUUUUUGCAUAAAUUUCUGCAUCAGUACAGUGUUGCAUUAUGCUGAUUAGACCAUGGCUCUACUGAGGUGCUUACUUAAAUAACAGCUUCCAGCUUUUCUUCUUGUUUGGUGCUUCUGUUGAUAAUACUCCGCUGGUUGUCUAAGAGUUUUAGAUCUGUGAGCAUCUCCUUAAAGCUUGUCAGCAAAGGAAAGCAGGAAGGGACUCGUGACUGUACUGACUUUGGACUUUAUAAAACACAGUUGAUCAAAACCAACAGAUGACUUGGGUCCUCAAAUCAUCACUGAAUGGAAAAUUUACAUUGAAUCUCAAGAGUUUACUCAACGUUUUCCUUCCUCUCAACUUUACAUCAAUUAAUAUUGGAGCAGUUACAUAAGGAACUGUAAAAAGUCUCAAAAGAUCUAAUGAUCAUUUUAAGGUCUUAGUAUUGAUUGUAGCAAACCUUAAAAUCUAACAGUGUGUUUGAGAUUGUUAAUUUGCUCUUUCCCUUAUUUUUGGUUUCAUGAUACUCAUUUUGAAUAAAUGUAUUUAUUGUGUUGUGCUUUUCGGUAAUACAGCUGCACUACUUAAUGUAUCCAUGUAAUGAAGUGGUGUGUAAAAGUUUUAUCUUGAGAGAAAUAUUUGUGCUUGUGAGGCUUUUCUUAUAAACUCUUAUAGCCAUAUAGUCUUUUAAAACAUGUUUCAUACUUUUUGAGAACAUCAGCAAUAUGUUUUAUUAUUAUUUUUAUUGUUAUUGGAGUAGUUACAACAAAGUAGAGAAAAAAGAAAUCAGGCCAAAUAACUCAUUGCUAUCUGAUACCAAGUCAGCAGUACACACCAUCAUUGUGUAAGCCAUUUUAUAUCCAUAUCUGUUUUAAAAACCUUUUUUAUUGGUCUUAUGUAGAAGAAGAUGAAUUUUAUUUUAUUUUUUAUUUGCUGGCAGCCAUAGCAAUCUGAAGUAACAGAAAACUGUGCUAUAUGUCAGACUGUCAAAAUAAAUUUAUGAGUCUGUUUUGAAUUGAUAUAAUUCAAGUUCCCAAUAAUAUUGUAAUUUAUGGAGAUGCAUCUGUUGUACUUAGUUCAAGUACCUGGAAAGAAAAUUAACUUGUCAUCUUAUUGGUGCUUUUAUCACUAUCUGGUGUAAUUUAUACUGUAAACUUGAGCCAUUCAUGUGGUGCAUUCUAAACAUUUUGGGG